AUGUUUUGGUCUCUUCUAAUUAUAAUUCCUGUUGGCUACAUUAUAGCAAGGUACCUUUGGGAGCUGCUGCAAGUGGGAGAUCUGUCUUCGAAGGCUGUUGUUAUCACCGGGUGUGACACAGGAUUCGGUCGCGAGUUGGCCAAACGUUGUAUUGCCAAGGGUUUCACUGUCUUUGCAGGUUGCCUCACUGAAGAGGGGCAAUCGUCAUUGAAAAGAGAAUGUCAUUCAAGCAGUCUUCAUACUGUUUCCCUUGAUGUGACAUCCGAUGAAAGCGUCCAUAAAGCGAAGGAAUAUGUUGAGCGCAAUUUGAAUGGAUUAAAGUUAUGGGGUGUUGUAAAUAAUGCCGGAAUUUUCUCCUGUUAUGGUCCUGACGAUUGGACUUCACUUGAGGACUACAAGAGAGCGGUGGACGUAAACACCUUUGGAGUGAUACGCGUUACUCACGCAUUCAAGAAGUACGUGAAGAAAGCAGAGGGACGUAUUGUUACUGUGACCUCGGUGAACGGCAGAUUGUCUUCACCUGGGAGUGGACCGUAUGUAGUCAGCAAAUUCGGCGCUGAGGCUUACAUGGAUGCGAUAAGGCAAGAACUGUAUGCGAUGGGAGUGAAAGUCUCCAUUCUCGAGCCAGGAAUCUUCAGAACACCAUUGAUCAAUGAGAAAGCCAUGCUAGACCGGAUCGAAUCGGUUUGGUCAGAGGUUGACUAUGACACGAAAGAGGAGUAUGGAGAGAAAUUCAAGGACAAUUUCGGCAAAAUGUGGAAUCAUACAUACGUGUCAAUGAGUUCGACGAAGAUCCACUAUGUAGUUGACAAUUACCUCCACGCACUAACGGCUAUGUAUCCAAGGCAUCGAUAUUAUUGCGGCUGGGACGCCAUCCUGCUGUACAUACCCUUAUCGUUGAUGCCAACGUGGUUUAUGGACUUUGUUAUAAGAAACAUUGGCCAUCAUGAAGUCCUACCAGCAUUUUUGGAAAAGAAACUGAAGAAAAACAACUAA